AUGAAAAAGAACGCUAGAAAAGGCGUCCUUAACAUGAUACACAAAAAGCUCGACUGCGGAUCGCCUCCGGGCCUCGUAUGCUCGCCUCGAUCUGCCGCUGCUCCGCAGAUCAUCGUCUGGGCAAAGGACAACAUGCUCGACUUCACUUUCCUUGCUCUGGGUUUCAGCUACUUUGAUUCCUUGGGAUUCGCUUUGGGUACUCACUUGGAAGUCUCCUAUUUCUAUGAUGUUGCGAUAAUUGGCAGCCAUUGCGGCGACAACAUCGGGUCGGGCAGCAGAGAAUUGGCAGCAGAGAAUUGGCAGCAGAGAAUUGGCAGCAGAGAAUUUGAAGCAUGGACUUGCUAG